GCUCUUGCAUUUCCCUCAAUGGCAUAGAAAGAAGACAAAUUUCUAAUUACUCAUGAUCGAAACCGAAAAAAUAGAUAGAUCUAACAUAACACACUCUUAGAAACACUUCAUAUUAAAAAACUGCUUUCAUUUUUAAAAGGCAUAUAUGGAAUCAUCGUAUUUAGGAUGGACUGAGGUUCUAUCGAGUUUACUUUUUUGGCACGGUCUUAUUGGCACGCUUGGUUACCUAAACCGACAACUCUGACGUGGUACCAAUUCAAAUCCAGUUGAUCCUUACACCGAGGUAUCUGCCCCAGCUGUUACCUCCUUUACAUAUUAAUAAUGCGCCAGAGGACGUUUAGUGGUCAGGAGAAAGAGGGGACAGGAAUUUUUAUUUGACCCAGAGAGAGUUUAUAAAAGCGAGAUGCCGUAAACAGUUUUUCUCAGAGUUGUUGAAAACGUUGUCACGACUUCUGUAUACACAAGUAUUCGAUCCUUACGAUAUACGCACUUACAAGAGCAUCGGUGAGGCUCAGAUUGAAGGUGGAUGCAAAGAUAUUUGUUGGGUGCUUUCGUCAUAUAGACACAACACGGACUGAGGUGAGAAGACGCGCGUGGACACAUAUUAUUGUUGUUGUUUUAUUUGUUUUGUCAGUGGUAACAUGGCAACACGGUCAUUAGUGAAAUCAACACUUCUGGCGAUUCUGUUUGUUUUGGUUACGAGCCCGCAGUUGUAUUACUGCAAGCCGACAACGAUGUUCGAUAAAAAACUUAACAAAGACGCAGAUUUGGAAAACUCGCCAAAGAGAUUUCUCAUACCCUCUGCGGCUAAGGGCUCGCAACAGCCACCGGAGACUUUGCAGUUGCUGCCGAAACUUAAAUUCCGCGUUCCCCAGGAGAACGUCGGAGACUAUCUUCCUCAAUUACGUUUCAGCGUUCCUGGACAGCCGGGUUUUCUGGAGUUUGAUCCACUGGAAGCUCUACGGGAUCAGAGGGACUUCCAAGAAGCCGAGUACGUGUCACAACCCCAAGGAGAUCAGCCCUACGUUAUACCUCCAAAGAAACAUAAGCAUCCCCAUGCCGACCACCUGGUCCCGGAGGCCGAGCAAGCUAAUAAGGUGUGCAAGUACGGGAAUAAGACGUACACCCCCGGGGAGUUGUUCCAGGCCGACGCGUGCACGUCCUGCUACUGCCCACCCGGGGGUGGCACUCCCAAAUGCGAUAAGCGAGAGUGCCAGUGGGAACCUCACUGCCUUGAGUACGACAAGUCCGAAGAUCAAUGCUGCGGGGAGUGCAUAGACUACGGUUGCCGCCACACGGACGGGAAGAUCUACGUUCCCGGGGCUCGGAUGCCCCAUCGCACGGCCUGUGAGGAGUGCUUCUGCGACAUCCACGGCCGCCAGAUGAUAUGUGAAAGUACUACUACCGUGUGUGAGAGACCGCGGUGUGUUGACCCCGUGCAGGGAGAGAAUGAUUGCUGCCCGGUAUGCCCAAGAGGUCCAAACUGUUACCUUGGUAACGAAAUUAUCUCCUCUGAAAUAGUUGUCCAGGUGGACGAAUGCACCGCGUGCCGCUGCCCACGUGACCUCAACGAGUUUGAAAAGUACAGUGGCGGCAAAAACGAAAUCCUUGCCAUCUGCAUGUACCGACCGUGCUCGCCGUGCCCAAAAGGAACAGCCCCGAAAAUGAUCAAAGGCAAAUGCUGCCCCAUCUGCGAACCAAUUUUUGACAACUCUGUACGAACUAUGCCGGAGGUACUGACCUAGAAAAUAAAGAGCGACUCCUUAAGUAGCCGUUGGCGUCUUUUCAGAUCAAAUUUGACGCAGAUGAUCUCAAUAUUUCUAAACCGCAGAUGGCUACGACCGAGGAAAGUUGUAACCACUGGCUGAGAAAUUAUCCCAUACAGACAAUAGUUGUGUGCACUUGCUUUUUUUCAUGAGCUGUUCCUUGCUUUAAGGAAGGGCCAAGGGAAUAAGAGCAGUGCUCUUGUCAAAACAGCGAAAAACUCCCUUUCUACUAAUAGUAUCUUGCAGUACCCUGUGUCGCCUUGACUCACGGAUAAAUGUGUUUUCGGAGACGCCUGGGCUCCUCAAAGAUUUAACACAGAACACGUUGUUUGGUUCUAGAGUGAACCAGCAAAGUCCCUCACCUACAUAUAAAACUAUUUAAGACAUUGUGAGGAUUUUGAGACACAGCUUACCGAAAAGCGAAUGGCUUUAUUUGUUAUCUGUGAUAUUGCAAUAUAUUGCACUGUGAUUAUUGGAUAUUAUCUCUUAAAAUGAAGAUGAUUUUUAUGUUGUACAUGCAGA